AAAAGGAAAACCUGACGGCAUGAAUGCGCAAGCGCCGAGAGGUGGAGGAACGAAGAGACGCAGGAGUGCCCUUUAGGCUUGCGCAGAGUCCGGAUCUGAGAAUCCAAAAAGUAGGAGAGUUUCGGCGCAUGCGUAAACCCAGGCGUUGCCAGGAUAGACACCAUUGGGUGGAACGAAAGGGAUAAUUGAAUAGACAUUGGGUAGCGGCAUAGUAGUUGGCGUAAAGCUCAUCCAAUGAGUUUCAGGAGGCGGGGAAAAAAAAUGGAGGCGUGACUCCCCAGGAGUGCAGCCAGAGUUCUGCACAACCGGAGCACGCCCGCUUGGCCCUCCCCUUUUCGUGAAGAACCUCUAACGUCAGGAGAGUCUCUCGCCCCGGGCUGCCUCUACUUCCGGGUCAGAGCUCAGACCGAGUAAGUAGAGAACAACCCUCCGGAAUAGGCAGGAAUAGUCGAAAAAGGAUAGCGUCGUUUUUCUUAAAGUGACAGGCUCAAGGCAAUUGGGGUCAACCCGAUCCUGAAGUUGAGGGCGACUUAGCUAUUCUGAAUCCAAUCCUAGGCAGAGUUUUGGACAAAAGUCUCAGGUUUAGCCUACUGGAGAAAGGCCAUGAAGAAGCGGAUUCUUUCCCAGGUGAGGGGAAGAAGUGAGUCUUAGACAACCCGUUCCAAGAAUAUGAGAUGGCUUGAGUCAGUUUGUCUGUUCUCCAGUCUUCCCCACACCCACCCCACUGACUGCAAAGCAGAGAGCUUCUUGCCCCGUUUCAUUUAUGAAAAGACUGAAGGUCAGAGAGGAUGGAUCAGAGUCUCAACUUCAUCGCCAAGACCACUCAGGAGGGAGAAGAGCGGAAAAAAAGUGAAACUCCACCCUCCACCUCUGCCUCCCGCCCCCGGGGCCAAAGUACAAAGGGAGGAGGAAGAAGGGAACAGGGUCGGAGCCGUCGGGGCCAAAGGAGCCGGAGCCAGGAAGAGGCAGCCUCGGCCCAGCGGGGGACGCUCCCUCCACCCCCUGCGGAAAAAGACCCAACCAGAGUCCAGACGCUGCCCCACCUUACCCUUGGCUAGAGCUGGAGCCAGGCUCCCAGGACUGCUACAAGACCCAGGAACGCUUGGGCCCCUCCAAGUCGACCAUGGUGAGGCGCCGGAGGCCCCAGGGCCCCACCCCUCCAGCCUGACCACUCUGCCCUGGGUGCCCUCCUCCAGAAGCCCGAGAUGCGGGGGGCCGGGAGACAACACUCCUGGCUCCCCAGAGAGGCGUGGGUCUGGGACUAAGGGCCAGGACCGGGAUGCCCAGGUUCCAGGACUAGGACCUCGGCAACCAACGGGGGUAGGGACCACGGGCACCAAGAGAAGGUCCCACACACACCCCAGUACCAGCUCCUGGCAAUGGAGCCCUUGAAGAACCUCUUCCUCAAGAGCCCUCUGGGAUCAUGGAAUGGCAGUGGCAGCGGGGGCGGUGGGAGUGGUGGUGGAGGCCGCCCAGAGGGGUCCCCGAAGACAGCGGCUUACGCUAACCCGGUAUGGACAGCCCUGUUUGACUACGAGCCCAAUGGGCAGGAUGAACUGGCUCUGCGGAAGGGCGACCGUGUGGAGGUGCUGUCCCGGGAUGCAGCCAUCUCAGGAGAUGAGGGCUGGUGGGCGGGCCAGGUGGGUGGCCAGGUGGGCAUCUUUCCAUCCAACUAUGUGUCUCGGGGUGGUGGCCCGCCCCCCUGCGAGGUGGCCAGCUUCCAGGAGCUCCGGUUGGAGGAGGUGAUUGGCAUUGGUGGCUUCGGCAAGGUCUACCGUGGCAGCUGGCGAGGUGAGCUGGUGGCUGUGAAGGCAGCUCGCCAGGACCCUGACGAGGACAUCAGUGUGACAGCUGAGAGCGUUCGCCAGGAGGCCCGGCUUUUUGCCAUGCUUGCGCACCCCAACAUCAUUGCCCUCAAGGCUGUGUGCCUGGAGGAGCCCAACCUGUGCCUGGUGAUGGAGUAUGCAGCAGGUGGGCCUCUCAGCCGUGCCCUGGCUGGGCGGCGUGUGCCUCCUCAUGUGCUGGUCAACUGGGCUGUGCAGAUUGCCCGUGGGAUGCACUACCUGCACUGCGAGGCCCUGGUGCCCGUCAUUCACCGCGACCUCAAAUCCAACAACAUUCUGCUGCUACAGCCCAUCGAGGGUGAUGACAUGGAGCACAAGACCCUGAAGAUCACUGACUUUGGCCUGGCCCGAGAAUGGCACAAAACCACGCAAAUGAGUGCUGCAGGCACUUACGCCUGGAUGGCUCCUGAGGUUAUCAAGGCCUCCACCUUCUCUAAGGGCAGCGAUGUCUGGAGCUUUGGGGUGCUACUAUGGGAACUACUGACUGGGGAGGUACCCUACCGUGGCAUCGACUGCCUUGCUGUGGCCUAUGGUGUGGCUGUUAACAAGCUGACACUGCCCAUCCCAUCCACAUGCCCAGAGCCCUUUGCACAACUCAUGGCCGAUUGCUGGGCACAGGACCCCCACCGCAGGCCCGACUUCGCUUCCAUCCUGCAGCAGCUGGAGGCACUAGAGGCACAGGUCUUGCGGGAAAUGCCGCGGGACUCCUUCCAUUCCAUGCAGGAAGGCUGGAAACGUGAGAUCCAGGGCCUCUUUGACGAGCUGCGGGCAAAGGAAAAGGAACUACUGAGCCGCGAAGAAGAGCUGACGCGCGCGGCGCGCGAGCAGAGGUCACAAGCAGAGCAACUGCGGCGGCGGGAGCACCUGUUAGCCCAGUGGGAGCUAGAGGUGUUUGAGCGCGAGCUAACGUUGCUGCUGCAGCAGGUGGACCGCGAGCGGCCGCACGCCCCCUGCAAGCGCAGCAAGCCCCGGGCCCGGGACGGCGGGGAGCGCAUCAGCAUGCCACUCGACUUCAAGCACCGCAUCACCGUGCAAGCCUCACCAGGCCUUGACCGGAGGAGAAACGUCUUCGAGGUUGGGGCUGGGGACUCGCCCACCUUCCCUCGGUUCCGGGCCAUCCAGUUGGAGCCUGCUGAGCAGGGCCAGGCAUGGGGCCGCCAAUCCCCCCGACGUCUGGAGGACUCGAGCAAUGGAGAGAGGCGAGCAUGCUGGGCCUGGGGUCCCAGUUCCCCCAAGCCUGGAGAAGCCCAGAAUGGGAGGAGACGGUCCCGCAUGGACGAAGCCACGUGGUACCUGGACUCAGAUGAUUCAUCCCCCCUAGGAUCUCCUUCCACACCCCCAACACUCAAUGGCGACCCCCCAAGACCCAACCCAGAGCCCGAGGAGCCACGGCGGCCAGGCCCAGCAGAGCGAGGUGGUAGCAGCUCCGGAACGCCCAAGCUGAUCCAGCGUGCACUGCUGCGUGGCACUGCCCUGCUCGCCUCACUGGGCCUAGGUCGCGACCUGCAGCCUCCAGUGGGCCUGAGCCGCGAGCGGGGGGAGCCCCCACCGACACCCCCCGCUCCAGUGCCCACGCCAUGUCCAGCCGAGCCAGCUCCCUCUCCACUGAUCCACUUGACACCCAAGACCCCUGAUGCCCGUGUCCCGCUCACCCAUGCACCCCUGCUGCUGGACCUGGGUAGCCCCGCAGGACAGCCGUCAGCCAAGAGCCCCCGGCGAGAGGAAGAGACGCGCGGUGGCACUGUCUCACCCCCGCCAGGGGUAUCACGCUCCGCUCCCGGCACCCCAGGCACCCCUCGCUCACCACCCCUGGGCCUCAUCAGCAGACCUCGGCCCUCACCCCUUCGCAACCGCAUCGACCCAUGGAGCUUCGUGUCAGCCGGGCCACGGCCCUCACCUCUGCCUUCACCACAGCCUGCGCCCCGCCGGGCACCCUGGACCUUAUUCCCAGACUCAGACCCUUUCUGGGACUCCCCACCUGCCAACCCCUUCCAGGGGCCCCCCCAGGACUGCAGGGUGCAGACCAAAGACAUAGGUGCCCAGGCCCCAUGGGCACCAGAGGCAGGGCCUUGAGGGCCAGGCCACUCCCCCCAUGCUCCAGCUGCCUUAGAGCCACAGCAUACACUGGAACAGAAGCUGGGCAAGCCUCUAGCUGCCUUGGUUUCCCCCAGGGAUCCCACCCCCUUUGGGGGUCAGGAACACUACACUGCACAGGAAGCCUUCACACUGGAUGAGGGGGCCUGCACUCCACACCUCCAACCUGUAGGUCCCCCCGACUUCCCUGCCCCCAUGGGGCCUGACACUGUACCCAGCUGGUUGGGAGGACCAGAGCCUGUCUCAGGGAAUUGCCCCCCAGGGCUGGUGCAGGGAGGAGGGGAGGUGCAGGGGAGAGGGGCCAGCCUCAGCUGUCACCAGCACUUUUGACCAAGUUCUGCUACUGUGGCCCCUGCCCCAGGACUUACUGCCUAGAUCCCCUGGCCCUGGGAGUCAUCUGGGGCUGGGGCUCUCUGGGUACCUUCCUGCCACCCUGGCCAGGGUUGGGGCCUUAGCCUCGGGAUCUAAUGAAGCCAAAUAAACUUGGAAGCUGUC